CCUGCGGGCGCAAAGCAUGCCGCCGGCGGCGCCUAUGCUGACGAUGGCAACGACGAUUAACGCGCUGAUGCAGGAGGCGCUCGGCGAGGGCGAAGGCGGGGCUGGGCGACAGAGCGGAGUGCAUGUGGCGGGUUGGGUCAAGUCUGUGCGGCGGCAGAAGCACAUUGCCUUUGUUAUGAUCGACGACGGAACGUGGUCCAAGCCGCUGCAGGUGGUGGUCAAGGGCGAGGCGGCGGCGGAUCUGCCGGACAAUCUGCAGGUGGGAGACGCAGUGCGGGCGUCGGGCGAUCUGGUUGGCUCCAAGGGCGGCGGGCAGGCGUUCGAGCUUGUGGCCAAGUCGCUGGCUCCGCUGCCGGGCUCGCCGACGGCCGACUCUGGCCACGGCAAGAGCUACCCGCUGCAGAAGAAGGCCCACUCGCAGGGCUUUCUGCGGUCGCUCCCGCAUCUUAGGGCGCGGACCUCGCACUUUGCGGCAACGAUGCGGGUCCGGUCGCGGCUGGCGCGGGCACUGCAGGUGUCGGCCGAGGAUCAUCUGGGAUGCAUCCGGGUCCAGACCCCGGUCAUUACCGCUGGCGACUGCGAGGGCGCCGGUGAGCGCUUUGCGGUGGCGCCCGAGGGCACAGCGCCUGGAGACGCUGCAGCUUUCUUUGGCGCGCCGACCUUUCUCUCGGUCUCGGGCCAGCUCGAGGCCGAGGCGCUCGGCUCGGGCCUCGGCAAUGUGUACACCUUUGGCCCGACGUUCCGGGCAGAGAACUCGAACACCUCGCGGCAUCUUGCCGAGUUCUGGAUGCUUGAGCCAGAGUUGUACUUUAUCGACUCGCUGGACACACUGCUGCACGCGGCAACAACACUGGUCACUGCGGCGGUGGGCGAGGUGCUCGACGACGCGCGGGCGGCGGCAGACCUGAGCCUGCUCGAUCCGGACUUUGAGCUGCGGCUGUCGCGGUUGGUCACGCCGGGCGCGCCGUGGGCCGCCAUCGAGUACACUGACGCCAUUGCCGAGCUGCGGGCGGCGGUCGAGGCCGGCGCUGCCAAGUUUGCGCAGGAGCCGGUGUGGGGCAUGGACCUUUCGACCGAGCACGAGCAGUUUGUGGUGGCGCGGCUCAACCCGGGCCGCCCUACGUUCAUCGUCAACUACCCGGCGUCGAUCAAGCCGUUCUACAUGAAGGCCAACCCGCGGAAGCCAGGCAUUUCCGCCGACGGCGACACCGUUGCCGCCUUUGACCUCCUUCUUCCGGACGUCGGCGAGGUGAUGGGCGGCUCGAUGCGCGAGGACAACGCAGAGCUUCUCGAGCGGGCCAUGGUUGCCAAGAGCAUGGAUCCUGCGCUGUACGAGUGGUACCUCGAUCUGCGGCGGUUUGGCUCGGCGCCGCACGGUGGCUUUGGCCUCGGCUUUGACCGGCUGCUGCAGUACGUGACUCGGACGCCGUCGAUCCGCGACGUUGUUGCCUUUCCUCGUGGCCCGGCAUACUUUGCCUCGCAUCCAGUGUAGCGCACCGAGC